AUGGCGAAAAGCUCUCAAGCGCACGGCCUCGUCGCCCCGCACUUGUUUGCAAAGCUGCUUGAGCACCAGCGCUCGGUAGCGGUCAUUACCCGCACGAACGACACGGCCGACGCUAUCGAGUGGACCUAUGCGUCGUUGCUACGUCGGGCACUCGCGCUGCGUGACGAGCUCUUGAGUCGAUUAGCGACCGACCAAAAGCCCUUUCGCGUCGCCGUUCUCGGAGCUCGAGGUCCGUCCUAUUUGAUCAUUCAAUGGGCGAUUUGGCUUGCAGGAGGCACUGCCGUGCCGUUGCAUCCAGCCCAUCCAGCAGAAGAGAUGGACUAUACAAUUACCGACGCCAGUGCCGAGAUGAUCGUGGUGAACGAGUCAGUUUUACAAAUGGAUACAAAACUGAACGCGUAUAUAGCAGGACUCUCGACAAGAAGGAAGAUACAAGUGGUGACACGUCCCGACGAUGUCAAGAGCGACGAGGAGGACGCAGAGGCGUUGUCGAGGGCAGAGAGCAAACAAGUGGAGCAAUGGCUGGAGACCACUGACUACAAAAGUAGUGGAGCGUACAUCGUCUACACAAGUGGCACUACUGGACGACCGAAAGGCGUAGUGACUACUCAUCGCGCGCUGACAGCACAGCUCAGUGACGUCGUAACAGCGUGGGAAAUGGCAAGCACCGACCAUCUGCUCCACUUUUUACCACUGCACCAUGUCCACGGCAUUCUCAACAAUCUGUUGUGUGUCAUGUACACUGGUGGAUCGGUGGAAUUCUUGCCGUCGGCAGCGCCGUCGCUCAUUUGGUCUCGACUAGCAGGCGCGGCAACGAUGAAGCGUCCAGUUUCGAUGCUCAUGGCAGUGCCUACAGUAUACAUGAAGCUGCUGGAAGAGAUGGAAAGCCGGCACGUCGACGAUCCGACGACGCGAGACGCACUUGCAGGUGCUCGGGCAUUGCGCGUAGCGAUCAGUGGAUCCAUGGCUUGUCCUCUAUCGAUUUUGGGCCGCUGGGAAAAGCUGACAGGACAGCGUCUUCUCGAACGGUACGGAAUGACCGAACUGGGCAUGGUGCUUACCAAUCCGCUGCAUGGAGACCGUCACGUCGGCUACGUCGGUAACACCUUUCCAAGUGUUUCAGUACGGGUGGUGGAUCCCGACACAGAGACUGAAGUACUUUUGAGCGACGAGAAGGAAGGCGAGCUCCGUGUAAAGGGUCCGUCGGUCUGUCACGAGUACUGGAAGAAGCCUGAGGCUACUGCUAAGGAAUUUGAUGCUGACGGGUGGUUCAAGACUGGCGAUAUCGUCCAGUACAGCAACGACUACAACAGCUUUCGUAUCCGCGGACGUGCAAGCGCCGACAUCCUCAAGACCGCGGGCUACAAGGUGUCAGCUCUGGACGUCGAGCGCGUGCUGUUGACACAUCCACAGGUACUCGAGUGCGCUGUUUUCGGCCUGCCUGACGAAACGUGGGGGCAGCUUGUAGCCGCCAUCAUACGCUCGAGAGUCCAUGGUAAGAGUGUUGGUCCAGACGCAUUGUCUCCGCCGCUUGUGGAGUUCCUGAAAGAGCACCUUGCAAGCUACCGCGUGCCGCGCAAAUACUUGUUUGUCGACGAAAUUCCUAAAAAUGCCAUGGGAAAAGUGAACAAGAAAGCGCUGUCUGGGAUGUACUCGGAAACGGCGUAG